AUGGCGACUUCUCCCGCCGGCCGCAUGCUGUCCCGCCAACUGCAGCAAAUGCAGUCUGAUAAGGACAUUCCCGGGAUCAGCUGUGGCUUGGUCGAUAACAACGUCUUUGAAUGGGAGGUUAUGCUGAUGAUCUCGGACGAUGUCAAGUUGUACGGAGGUGGUUUCUUCCGUGCUCGUCUCUCCUUCCCGCCUGAAUACCCCCACAUGCCGCCAAAGAUGAAGUUCGAAUCGCCCCUCUUCCACCCGAAUAUCUAUGAGAACGGCGACGUUUGCAUCUCCAUCCUGCACCCGCCCGAGGAGGAUAAGUUCGGUUACGAGUCUGCCGCCGAGCGCUGGUCGCCCGUCCAGACCCCCGAGACUAUCCUGCUCUCCGUCAUCUCCAUGCUGUCCAGCCCCAACGACGAGAGUCCGGCCAACGUUGAAGCUGCGCGGUUGUGGCGUGAGGAUCCGGCCGAGUUCAAGAAGCGCGUGCGCCGGUGUGUGCGGGAGAGUCAAGGGGAGGAGUAA